ACAUAUUAUAAUUAUAAGGGCUAUAACAGCAUAGUCCUAAUGGCAGUGGCAGAUGCUAGUUACACUUUCCUUUAUGUUGAUUCAGGCAACUAUGGACGCAUCAGUGAUGGUGGAAUUUUCAGUAACUGUUCACUAGGUAAAGCUUUGGUUAGUGAAACUUUGUUUUCAUUGCCAAAUCCAACACCAUUAUUAAAUAGUGAUCGAGUUUUGCCUUUUGUAUUUGUUGGAGAUGAGGCUUUUCCACUCAGGAAAAAUAUUUUACGCCCUUAUCCUGGCAAAUUUCUGUCGAAUGAAAGAAAAAUUUUUAAUUACAGACUUUCUCGAGCAAGGAGGUGCGUUGAAAAUGCUUUCGGCAUAUUGGCGUCUAGGUGGAGAGUACUUCGUACUGAAAUUGCCCUGAACCCAGAGCAUGCUAAUAAAGUAGUUUUGGCAUGCUGUUGCCUUCAUAAUUACUUAAUGAAAAAUGAGUUGGGAAAGGCAGCUAAGAAAUACUGUCCAGUGAACUUUGCUGAUUCUCUUCUUUCAAAUGCCACCAUUAAAGAAGGUAUGUGGAGAACAGAAGAAUUUACAUGGCAACCUCUUGGCCGUCUAGGGGCCAAUAAUUCAUCCCGUGCUGCAUCUGCAGUUCGAGAUAAUUUUUGUGAAUAUUUUUCUGCAGAAGGAGCAGUACCAUGGCAAGAAAGGAAAGCAUUUCUUGUGUAAAUUUAUUUUUUGAAAAUAUUUAUGAAAUAUGUAAAUAAAACAAUAAAACAACUGAUUAGUGUUA